AAUAGCUUCACCACUGCUCGUCCGUCCGCUCCCUACAGUAUUCAGCACACAUCCUGCAGUUUGCAUGAAUACCAUCUUCAUAGUCAUCAUCACCAUCAUCAAUAUUGUCACUUUUGCAAUUGGCCUGUUGUCGGUGUCUCCGUACACACAAUGAACAGCUUCUCUCGAGAGCGGAAGGUCGCUGAAAUACGAGCAUAGAGCGUCGUGGCUUGAUAUCCCAUCCCGCUCAACGCCUCUAUUGCUCUGGUACGGUUCCAUGGCUUGGCGUGACAUACCGGACAAUCUCAUCAACAGCCAUGCCAUGCCAUGCCAUCCCAAAAAUUAUUCCUUCCAUCCAUCCCAUCCAUCCCAUCCCUCGGCGGCCAUCCACGCUGUCCACCACCAUUACCACCAUUACAAAGGGUACGGUACGGUAACACUCCGUACUACGACCGCCAACCAUCGCCAUCGCCAUCGCAUCGCCCCCAUCGCCCAUCGCCCAUCGCUCAUCGGUCCGCAAUCCUUCCAAUCAAUCGCCGCCCGUCCCAACCAAAACGUCACUAGCUGAUAGACCUUGCGCGCCCCUGGUCCCUUUUUCUUUUCGCUGCGCUGCCCCCCCCCCCGGUCCGGGAC